GGAGAUGCUCUUACAACUUCCAUGCGCUCGACGGCUCCCGGCUCAAACACGCCGGCCGGCGCCGUGCGUUGCCUCCCUCCUCGGAGCGCCGCCGCAGGCAACCAGCUCCACGCGCUCCUCACCAAGCAUGGCCUCCUCCACCACCCGGCCUUCCUCCGCGCCCUCCUCUCCCGACUCCCUGCUUCCCCGUCGUCCCUCGCCCUCCUACUCUCCGCCCCUCCGCGUGUUCUCUCCCCGUCCCUCUUCUGCCCGGCCAUCGCCGCAUUCUCCUCCUCCUCCUCCGUUCCCUACUUCUCGCUCGUCAUCUUCAACCACGUCUCCUGCCUCUCCCUCCCCACUCCGCUCCCCACGUUCCCCGCCCUCCUCAAAUCCUGCGCCCGCGCUUUCAAGCUGCGCUCUGGAACCAGCUCGUCCUCCGCGGCCUGCGCCUUGAAGGGGCUGGAGCUGCACUGCCGCGUCCUAAAGCUGGGCUGCGCUGCGGAUCGCUACGUGCAGAACGCGCUCGUGUCCAUGUAUGGUAAACUCGGCCGUCUCAGGGAGGCGAGGACGGUGUUCGACGAAAUGCCUGUUAGGAACGCCGUUUCCUGGAACGCCCUAGUGGGUGCACACGAUGUGGCAGGUGAUUUGCAUGGUGCAGAGCGAGUGUCUCAGGAAACGCCUGAUAGGAACAUUUCAUGGUGGAACGCCGAGAUCGUGCGGAAUGCGAGGGCUGGUGAUAUGGAGGAGGCAUCACGGGUCUUCAGUAUGAUGCCUGACAGGGACGUUGUGUCGUGGAAUUCCUUGAUCGGUGGCUAUGUAAAGCUUAGGAGGUACAAGCAAGCAUUGGAGAUCUUCCAAAAGAUGCAAGACAAUGGCAUCGAACCGACCGAGCUAACACUUGUGUCAGUUCUUGGUGCAUGUGCAGAGGUUGGCGAGGUGGAGCUUGGGAAGGGUGUCCACAGUUACCUUGAUAGCAAGGGCAUUGCAGCAGAUGGUUAUGUUGGUAACGUUCUCGUCGAUAUGUAUGCGAAAUGUGGCAGAUUGGACCUUGCCAUGCAGGUCUUUGAAAGCAUGUCAACCAGGGAUAUUACUUGCUGGAAUGCGAUGAUUGUUGGGUUGUCGGUUCAUGGCUACUCACACAAGGCUCUGAAGCUCUUUGAUUCAAUGAAAGUUGAGCCUGAUCAUGUCACAUUUCUCGGUGUUUUGACUGCCUGCAGCCAUGGUGGCCUGGUGGACGAGGGGAGAUCAUAUUUUAGUAGCAUGACUGCAGAAUACAAAAUCGUGCCGGAUAUGAAGCAUUACGGCUGCAUGAUAGACAUGCUCUGCCGCUACGGUAAAGUUGCAGAAGCGUAUCAAAUGAUCAAUAAUAUGCCUGUCAAGGCAAACUCUGUGCUCUGGAAGAUGGUGUUGGCUGCAUGCCGAGUGCACGGGCUCAUGGACCUUGCUAACAAGGCUUUCCAGAAAUUGCAAGAGCUGAUGCCCGCCGAUGAUGGGGAUGUCAUCACGGUAUCAAAUGUUUAUGCAGAAGCAAAGAGAUGGGAUGACGUUGAGCAUCUGAGAACGAGGAUAAUCAAACACGGUGUUUGGAAGCAUGCCGCACACAGUCAAGUUGAUGUUACAUAGCUAAUUCUUUCUUCCACAAACUAGAGCGAACAAUGACGACUCCAGUUCCAGGAGUCCGUUUUGUCAAUCCGAGUACGGCCAGGCCACAGCUUCACUUGAUGUGAUUUUGUAGGCUGUGUGUUGUUGCUUCUAAUCUUCCAAGUGAAGACUGAAGUGAACUGUCAGGUUAGUGCUGAAUUGGUCAAUCUGUUGACACAGCAGAUAUGAGAGGACCUUGUUAUUACGCUGAAAAUGGCCUGUUUUAAGAUGGAGCACUGAAAACCUUGAAAAGCUUCAUUUCCUUCGCUGGAACUACUUAAUCGUGUUCGGAAAUAUUCCGUAAUGGAGUUAUUGCAGUUUUGAACAACGUGUCGGGUCUGAUGAUGUUUUGAACUUUUCAUAGCAACGGAAAACCCCGCUGUCAGGCAUACUUCAAUGGCUCCAUUGAUUUGUAACGAGGCAUUCAGAUACAGUUACUACUUGAUUCUUGUGAGCGAAGUUGAAGGCCAUGCUAAGAAGUUCCCGAUGUUACAGCAUUCCAUUUUUAUAGGCUCCUGUCAUGGAAACCAGAUGUCACAAAUGAUAUGAUUUUCUGGUCAUGAGCAGCUUAUUGCUUGUUCAGUCAUUGCACAUCUGAUGAGAGCACUGAUGAGAUGGGCAGCACUGCAGGAUACGGCCGCAAAUUACAAGCAAUCAAAAUGGAUUGUACUCCUAGUAACUGUCAUUGCACAGUCACACGAUGUUGUUUGUUCAGAAUAAAGUUGAAAAGUUGUAUGCAGAACAAAUCUGUGUACAAUGUUUGGCGGGCCAAACGAGUCAUGUUUUCAGAAGAAUUGCAUAGGAUUUUUGGAGGAUU